UACACCUGUUUCAUCGGCCGUAAUCCUCGUUAUUUUCUGCGCAGAAAAACAUCAGUAAGUAAGUGGAUUCGUGUGGUAUUAAACUGUCCGGGUUAAUCAAGAACUGGCGUAAACUCUGUCGUUUUAAAAAUGUCGACCGAGGAGCUGUCCACCUCGGAUAGCGAGGGUGUCUUCGCCGGCGCAGGGGAGCGAUGGGCACCCGUGGGGGCUGUCGCCAGUCCGGAGGAUGAGGGCGGCAGCGGCGGCGCUGCCCAGCCGAGGCAGAGGAGCUCGUCGUCGGCCACCGAGGAGGAGAUGGCCGCCAGGCUGAGGAAGCUGGAGGAGGAGCAGGACCAGCUCAACUCAUCCCUGCUCGCGCUCACGUCCCACUUCGCACAGGUGCAGUUUCGACUGAAGCAGAUCGUGCACGCGCAGAGCGAGGAGAAGGAGAGGAUGCUGAUGGAGCUCGAGGAGUUCGCCUUCAAGGGCUGCCCGCACGUGGUGGGCUGCAGGGCGCAGGACGUCCAGCUGGAGAACUCGGGAGACCUGAGCGAGAGGGAGAAGAGGGAGCGCCUGGAGGCUCAGAGGGAGAAGCAGAAGGAUCUUAUUUUCCAGCUAAAGACCCAGCUGGAUGACCUGGAGCGCUUUGCCUACCAGGAAGGCAGCUAUGACUCCCUGCCUCAGUCUGUGGUGAUGGAGAGGCAGAAGGUCAUCAUCGAUGAGCUGAUUAAGAAGCUGGAUGUGAACUUGAACGAGGACAUCGGUAACUUGACCCCUGAGGAGCUGAGACAGAGAGUAGACGCUGCCAUCGCUCAGAUAGUCAACCCAGCCAGAGUGAAGGAGCAGCUGGUGGACCAGCUCAAAACCCAGAUCAGGGACCUGGAGAUGUUCAUCAACUUCAUCCAGGAUGAGGUGGGGAACCCUCUUCUGUCUGAUGGACACACUCAGCAGCCACAAGCAGCAGGGACCAACACCAGAGCUCCAGGAGUGAAGAAGAAAGUGGACCCGGAGCAGGCACAGAGGAUGCGAGAGACCGGCUUGCAGCUGAUCCAGAAGGCCCUGGCCGUGCUGCAGAUCUUUGCUGUGAGCCAGUUUGGCUGCACGGCGGGCCAUGUUCCCCAGAGCAUGUGGCCCCAGGGGGAGGCAGGCCAGGACUACGGCCCCCUGCUGCAGCAUCUGGAGUCGGCUGUUGAAAAGGUGCGAGUGCUGGCAUCGUGUAGACAGUCCUCCAUCGAGCACGUUGUCAACUACACCAGUAACCCGGCCCUGGGGCCUCGAGAUGAGCUGACCACGUCUGUUAGGAAGGAGCUGGCCAUGGCCCUGAGAGACUUGCUGGCCCAUGGCCUCUACUCCCCCUCUCAGGCCAUGAGCCUGGUGCUGGCACCCAUCUCCUGCCUGCUGCCUUACAAACCGAGCCCACAGACCAUGCACCCCUGGGAGCUCUUUGUCGAGUACUAUAACUCCAAAAACGGGAAGGCCUUUGUGGAGUCUCCGGCCCGCCAGCUCUCGCAGUCCUUCAGCCUGCCUGUAGGGGGCGGUCCGGUGACCGUCACUCCUAAACAGUCUCUGCUCUGGGCCAUUCACACAGUGCUGAAGGAGCACGGACGCUACAAGCGAGGAGCGGACUCAGAGUUCAAGGCGCUGGUGUGCAUGGCGCUGAACGAGCAGCGACUGGUGUCAUGGCUCAACCUGUUGUGCAAGUCAGGGACACUAAUACACCCGCACUACCAGCCCUGGAGCUACAUGGCCCAGACGGGCUUCGAAGGAGCUCUGCGCAUCCUGGGCCGCAUCAGCCACCUCAAAUUCAAGCUCCCAGUGGACCUGGCUGUCCGGCAGCUGAAGAACAUCAAAGACGCUUUCUGAGAGGUGACCAAAGAGGCAACACAUCAUGCAUCCAUCAAAAAGACACAGCAGAGAAACAGCCUCAGAACUGAAGCCAUUUAUUGGCUAGCCUAUACUGCUCAUACCCGGCAUUCAGGACUGGAAUCGUGAGUUUUUCCUUCAAGUAUUGCACCUUCGGCCAUACCACCCUCGCUGAACCUCUUAAAAAAAAAAAAAAAAAAAGCUUAAACAGGCACUAAUUUUAAAAUGGAGUGCAAGUAUGUCAUCUGCACAUGGAAGGAUGCAUGGAUGCCUCCAGUGUAUGUUGUGUGUCAGCUUCAUAUAUCACUAACUGUGGUCUGCGUAUUCAGCAUAACCCACCAGUUUUGAGAUGCCAAAAGGUGUAGAUGACAUAGCUACUUGUACUGUAAACAUGCCUUAGAAUGGAGAUUGAGUGUAUCUCAUCUUCAGUAAAGCCUUUCUGACCUUUGUGACCUGUGCGUAUCACACCAUGCCCCCAUGUACGUGAUGUUUCUCCUGGCCUAUGCAACAAAUGUGGGAGAGGGUUGAUUUUUUUUUUUUUACAGUAGUAAAUACUGUAAUGAUCACUGAUGGUCGCGGUUAGACAUUCCAAAUACUGUCCAGAGGGUUAGGACUGACAACACUAAAGAACAGAGGCAGUUCUUUGUACUUUCUGGCUGCUGUACAGUAAGCAAGGGCUUACUUGAAUGAUAUUUUCUGGUGCUUGUAUCGGUCUGUAGUUGAGGUGAGAGGUCCCGUGUCUUCUGUUAUGGGAUGAAUUACAUUUUGUGGCUUUUGUAGCAGAAUUGGUCGAUCAUGAAGCUCAACAGUGCACUCAGGUCAAAUGGAGAUGGAGACGUCUUUACAGUUUCCAUUGUGGUACAUUGUGGAAAAUGUAUAGAGGAAUGCUGUAGUUGAACAUCGCCUAAGUGAAUAACAGAUAUGCAGCAAUCGAUCUUGGCAAGUGAUGCUUCUCUCUUGACUCCAUUUCCAAUCUCUAAAGCUAUGAUCAGCUCUUGCACAUCAUGUGUCAGGUAUGGAUAGCAUUUAGACCCUGUAUUAACUGCUGCUUUUUUCCUACUCCAAAUGUAGUUGAAUUAUAACGAAUGGUAAGAAUCGAUUCCAUUAUGUCACUGCUUUGAAUUUAUUUAUCCAAUAUUUAAAAUGAUUGUAGGAUGUGAAAUGUUUAUUUUCUUUUCCCCUCGUUGUCUCAAGUGAAAUGUUUUUAUCUCCCUGUGACAGAUGAGUCACGAGUAGUGUUUCCUGAAAUGCUGAAUGUAUAAACCAGAGAUGCUGUCAAAAUGAGAUUUGAUGAACCUACGCUACAUGAGGUUUUAUUAUGUCGAUUAUUUCCCAUGUGUUAUGGAGCGUGGAUUACAGUGUUACCUGUGAAUGGGACCUGCCACUCAUUGCUGGGCCCACAUGUGUCAAACUUCUGAGAAAAGGUGUGUUAAGAGGUAAAAAUGUAUCCCAGUAUCUAUCAUCUGAAAUAAUAAUAAUAAUAAUAAUAAAAAAACUCAGCACAGUUUGAAAAGCAUGUUCGCCCAGGGAUGCAUUUUAUCUCCUUUAUGCUUUGUUACUGUAUUACCUGGAAAACACUGUCCUGUUUUUGCUUAUGUGUGUAGUAAAUAUAAUAAUUCACACUUUAUUUUCCUAUUUUCUUUGUGUUUAGUUCAACUGUUAAGAUGUGAAAUAUGGACCGACACAUUUAUUGGACCGCAUGGUUUUGUUCAGUCUUAAUGCUAAAGAUUAUCGUUCUAACUAUUUGAUCAUUUCAGAGCUCGAUCUGAAUGUAGCUGGUGUACUGUAGUUAUUUAAUCUGGGAACAAUACAGCUAGGCUCAUUUAAACUGCAUUAAUUAUGUUGUUUUUCAUUUUUGCCAAAAAAUAAAUAAAUAAAUAUAUUGAGAAUUUAUGGUAAUAUUUUGGAUUUUUUCUUUUUUUUUUUCAGAAUUUUAAAUCAAGUAUACAAAGUGUGGCAUUACUGACGUGCAAACGGUUUAUGUGUAAUGGCUACCUUGUAACUGUGCGUGAAUUAAAGGGGAAAUUAACGCUGUG